AUGGUCUCAACUCGCAACCAACGCAAAGCUUCUGGAGAAGAACUUUUAGGUCCUUUGCUCGUACACCGAAAGCCAAGGUCCAAGAGAGACAAUAUGACUGGAGAAAACAAACAUAAUACAUCUAGUGAUGGCAAUCACAUCACUAAACUUGAGCAACAAGUUGAAAACUUGUCUGCAUCAAUCCUUAAACUCGUGGAGAGUUUAAAGACUGGAAAAUCUUCACGUCCAUCAACUUCAUCUGAGCCUAAUCAAAAGCUCAAGAAAAAGGUUGUUGAGGAUAGCGAAGAUGAAGACGACAUACAAGUUGAUCCAAUGAAAAAGGAAGCUGAAUCAGGUGAUAAUAAAAAUUCUAUUGAUACCUUAAAGAUUGAUUUUAAGGUUGACAUCCCUAUAUAUAAAAGAGAUGUUGAUCCUGAAAAGCUAGAUAACUGGAUAGACACAUUAGAAACUUAUUUCACACUUUAUAAGUAUUCUAAUGUGCAAAAAAUAAAAUUUGCGAUUUUGAAAUUGUCAAGCCAUGCCCUUACAUGGUGGAAGUCCUAUCAAAGACGGUAUGAUGUCUCAGAAUUGACUUGGAAGAACUUCAAGAAGCUUUUGAGAAAACAAUUUUAUCCAGUUGGCUAUGAAGAUGAAAGAUGGUAUAAGUGGCAACACUUCAGACAAAGAUUUGGGCAGCCUGUACAAGAAUAUACAACAGAGUUCCACAACCAAGCUAUGGUUCUGGACAUUGACGUCGACGACUACGACGUUUUCAUGAAGUAUACCGGAGCUACGGUGAAGGCCAUCGCCAUUGAGGCGAAAAAUAAAAAAACUGACAAAAAGGAUGACAGAUCAAAACCUGUCAACAAAAUUGACUGGCAGAAAAAGGGGAAUCAGAGCAAGGAAGGUCAGACACAAAAGGUCUACUGUGAUCACUGUCAAACCAGCAGACAUGCCAAAGACAAGUGCUGGAUACUCCAUCCUGAGUUACGGCCAAAGCAUGAGAAAAACAAUCAGGGGAGAAAUGACAGAAAAGCCACCUUAACUGCACAACAGGCAGAAGAGCUUCCAGAGUUGAAGCAACCUGAUGUUACACUUACCCUUAUGACAAGACCAAUAGAUACUGAAGACACGUACAAUCGUGAAGAGUUGUUUCAUGUGAAUAUUCAGGUGAAGCAAAGUGUUGUACAAGCUAUCAUUGACCCUAGAAGUCAGAAAAACCGGAUUUCAGAGGCUUUAGUAAGAAAAUUGGGUUUAGACGCCACAUCACAUCAUAAGCCGUACCAGCUAGGAUGGAUUCAAAAGAACGUUGACUUACAGAUCACGAAGAAAUGUACCUUCAAAUUUGCUAUCACCAAUCGAUAUAUCGAUGAGGAUGGGAAAGAGUUCCACAUCAACGCUUGCAAGCCUCAAGCUACAGAUAAUUUGCUGACAGCUAACCAAGCCAAGAGAGCUGUGGAGCAUGAGAUCCAAUUGGUAGGAGAUUCACCUCAACCAAACUUGGGUAUGCAUCGUACUUCUUUGAUGGAAUCUGACGAGAUGAAAAAGCAAAUUCAGGGACUUCUUGAACAAGGAGUUAUCAAACCUAACUGCUCACCAUGUGGUUCGCCAGUGUUAUUUGUGCCUAAGAAAGAUGGAGGUUGGUGUAUGUGUGUUGAUUAUAGGGCACUCAACAAAAUAACCAUCAAGAAUCGGUAUCCACUGCCGAGGAUUGAUGACCUGCUAGAUCAACUACAUGGUGCACGCUACUUCACUAAGCUUGAUCUCAAAUCUGGCUAUCACCAAGUCCGCAUCCAUGAAGAAGAUACUUGGAAGACUGCAUUCAAAACAAAGCAUGGACUCUUCGAGUGGUUAGUCAUGCCAUUCGGGUUAUGUAAUGCUCCAACUACCUUCAUGCAAUUGAUGAAUGAGGUACUCCGCCCUUUCAUUGACGACUUCGUCAUUGUGCACUUAGAUGACAUUCUCAUAUUUAGUGUCACAUGGGAGGACCAUAUUCAUCAUAUUGCUCAAGUUUUGGAGGAUGGGAAACCAGUUGCAUACCAUUCUGAGAUGUUUAGUGGACCGGUAUUGAAUUAUCCAACUUAUGACAAGGAGCUGUAUGUAAUGCAUCAAGCAGUGAAGCAUUGGAGAACUUACUUGUUGGGAAAAGAAGUUGUAGUUCACUCAGAUCAUAAACCUCUUCAGUUUUUAACUACACAGUCUAAGUUGCAGCAAGCUCGCCAUAUGAAAUGGAUGUCUUACCUACAACAAUUCAAUAUUGUGAUAAAACCACCUACACCAGUUAGUUCCGCAUUACUGGUGGCUAUGCAAAUCCAACCCAUUGUUCCUUCUGAAUAUGCCAAAGGGUAUGACACAGAUAUUGAUUUCAACUCAGCAUAUGCCAAGCUACAACAAGGAAAGACUAGUGAGUUCCAAUUGAAGGAUGGACUAAUGUACAAGGGAACACAAUUGUGCAUUCCAAAAGAUGGCGACAGAUUGCAGUGGAUUCGUGAGGCUCAUACUUCCAAAGUAGCAGGACAUUUUAAAGUUAAGAAGACUUUAUUGAAUCUUCGUCGCUAUGUGUAUUGGCCAAAGAUGCAUCUCGAUGUUUCACGAUACAUUCGAGGUUGUGUUUUAUGCAACACGUCAAAGCCUUCCAAUAGAAAGUUAGGACUGUAUCUUCCAUUGCCAGUGCCUAGCCGACCUUGGGAGAGUAUCUCGAUGGAUUUCUUAGGUGGAUUGCCUACGACCAAGUCUGGAAAUGACUACUUGUUUGUGGUGGUAGAUCGUUUCAGUAAGAUGGUGAUUCUCAUUCCAUGCAAGAAGACCGUUAUUGGUGAAGGAGCUGCUAAGUUAUUUUUCCAACAUGAGCGGCUAAUUGGUGAAGGCAAGAAACUGAAGCCUAUUCGUUAUGGACCGUUCAAGAUCAUCAAACAAAUUGGUGAUAAUGCCUUUCAACUUGAAUUACCACCAUACAUGCAUAUGUACUCGGUCAUCAAUGCCGAGAAUCUGAAACUUUUUGAGCCAUCUCUACUUGAUGAUGAUCCCGAAGAAGACACUCGUCUUUCAUCAGUUGAUGACUUGUGGAUUGAACGAGAAGAUCGUUUGCAUGAGGAUUGUAUAUUGGAACAGAAGGUUCGCGAGACUCGACAUGGACAGUAUGAGUAUUUUCGUAUUGGUAGUAAAGGGCAACUUCCCAGCAAAUUGAAAUGGUAUAUUCGAGACAAGGCAAAAAUAGAGUUUCCUCAUCUCAAUUUAGCUUGA